UGACCCGGCUGUGCAUCCCGGGGCCGUGACCAAUUACACGAGCUCGUAGUAGAUUCGUUGUACUAACCCAUAGGGCUACAACACAGUCUACUAGGUUAAGCGAUUUUACUCCACUGCCUAAAAGUUGCCUCCGCUGGCGGUUUUGCUCGUCCCCGGGUGUAUCUGUAGUUGGUCGCAGUCUUUGAUGGCCUUUUCAGGUGACGAAUUUAGAUACAUCAAUCGAACAUCCGUGGAAGGGAAACUCGACGCAUCGAACCCAAUCAGCGUGUACCAUGAAACGGGAGUGUGUGUGUAUGUGUGUGUGAACGCGCAUUUGGCAAUUUUCUUGAAUCUGCCAACCUACGGCAUUCGCACACAAUUUUCCCUCUUCGGUGCUGCUCUCCGAUUCUCUCUCUCUCUCUCUCUCUCUCUCUCUCUCUCUCUCUCUCUCUCUAGAAAAUAAAGGUAAUUUUUCAGAAGAAAUCCUUCUCCGGAAGAGAGAAUUUGCGUUGCUAGGGCUCUCUCUCUCCCUGCUGCUGUUGCUUCACCCGUCUGCGGCUCAGAUAUUAUGAGCCGACCCGACUUGUUCAGCAUCUCGGUGGCAACUAAGUGGAGUGGAAAGGGUAGAACGCAUUUUUAUACUUCUACUUCGCUAUUACUUCCCCUAUUUUCACGAUCGUCGACGACCAGUUCUGCUGCGGCGGUUUUCCCCUCAAAAGCUAUUCUGCCAAUACUGAAAAUUUUAUAGAAAAUUGCUGAAGGUUUUCCGUAUCGAAUGGUCCAAAAAUUACACAAUUACACAGAAACAGUGGUUUUAUGCUAACUCUGUGGUGAAAUGAUUUUUAUUCGAUCUUUUUUUAAAUUUUUAGGGAACAUUCUUAGAGGGAAAUUUUGAAGGAACAACUCUUUCGUGAGAUAUUUGGUGGCCCUGAAAAGGGCCGUUUGUUUAGUGCUUCAUUCGGGCCGCUUCUCCGGUCAACGUUGAGGAAGAUGUCCAUAGCUUUGGUCUGGGUCAACCUGCAUCAGCACCACGUUCCUAAGUGCUACUUGCGGCGGGGCUUUUGCUUCUUGUCCGUUACACUUGCGAUGGUGGAGGAGCUGCUCUUCUUCUUUCCCGAUGGUCUGCAGUGGCGAUUCGUUCCGAAGUUCCGAUCCUUCAGGGUGAUGGCGGCCAGAUUCGUUUCGUCAACCAGCGGACGGGCCGCGGGCUUGGCCGGUUUCCUCUCUUUUCGGAACCUUGGCCUGUGGUUUGCUUCUCCUGCGGUGCAGCGGUUGUUCUUCGUUGUUUGUCCGUUGGGCUGCCUAGGGAAAUUUUCGCCUUCUGCGCCCUCUUCUGCUGCAGCUGAUGUGGCCUCGACGACGAUCCAAAAAUUAUGAGCUGAAGUGGGGCGCAGCAGGCUGAGAUUUUUGGACUGCACGCGCUUACACUCACACACACAUAUGUAAUCGCUCGUAAAUUUCGAGGUGAUUCUGAUUCCGAGGCUGGAUUUAAUUUCAUUUCCGUUUUGCGUAACCGUGCAGCAACAUCACAGAAGAGCAGCUACAUUUUGAUACCUUUAUUGCCCCAACUCUUAUGGUUCCGCCAAUUUCAAAUUUCAUGUCCAGUAUCAAAAACCCUGAAGUUUGAUACUUAUAUUGCCCCAACUCUUAUGGUUCCGCAAAUGUCCCCUUAUCGGAACAUCCCCGGGGCCUCCGGCCACUCCAGGUGGUGGCCACUACUGUCAAAAUGUCAAAUUGCAUGUCCUCAGCAAUCCUUAUUGUUUGAUACCCAUAUUCCCCCAACUUUUAUGGUUCCGCAAAUGUCCCCCUAUCGGAACACCCCCGGGGCCUCCGGCCACUCCAGGUGGUGGCCACUAUUGCCGAAAUGUCAAAUUUCAUGUCCAGUAUCCAAAUCCCUUAAGUUUGAUACCCAUAUUGCCCCAACUCUUAUGGUUCCGCAAAUGUCCCCUUAUCGGAACAUCCCAGGGGCCUCCGGCCACUCCCGGUUAUGGCCACUACUGCCAAAAUGUCAAAUUUCAUGUCCAAUAUCAAAAUCCCUAAAGUUUGAUACCCAUAUUCCCCCAAAUUUUAUGGUUCCGCAAAUGUCCCCCUAUCGGAACACCCCUGAGGCCUCCGGCCACUCCAGGUGGUGGCCACUACUGCCGAAAUGUCAAAUUUCAUGUCCAGUAUCCAAAUCCCUUAAGUUUGAUACCCAUAUUGCCCCAACUCUUAUGGUUCCGCAAAUGUCCCCUUAUCGGAACAUCCCAGGGGCCUCCAGCCACGCCCGGUUAUGGCCACUACUGCCAAAAUGUCAAAUUUCAUGUCCAGUAUCCAAAUCCCUUAAGUUUGAUACCCAUAUUCCCCCAAAUUUUAUGGUUCCGCAAAUGUCUCCCUAUCGGAACACCCCCGGGGCCUCCAGCCACUCCAGGUGGUGGCCACUAUUGCCGAAAUGUCAAAUUUCAUGUCCAGUAUCAAAAACGCUAAAGUUUGAUACCCAUAUUCCCCCAAAUUUUAUGGUUCCGCAAAUGUCCCCCUAUCGGAACACCCCCGGGCCUCCGGCCACUCCAGGUGGUGGCCACUACUGCCGAAAUGUAAAAUUUCAUGUCCAGUAUCAAAAACCCUAAAGUUUGAUACCCAUAUUGCCCCAACUCUUAUGGUUCCCCAAAUGUCCCCUUAUCGGAACAUCCCCGGGGCCUCCGGCCACUCCAGGUAGUGGCCACUACUGUCAAAAUGUAAAAUUUAAUGUCCAGUAUCAAAAUCCUUAUUGUUUGAUACCCAUAUUGCCCCAACUUUUAUGGUUCCGCAAAUGUCCCCUUAUAGGAACAUCCCCGGGGCCUCCGGCCACUCUAGGUUGCGGCCACUACUGCCAAAUUGUCUAAUUUCAUGUCCAGUAUCAAAAUCCCUUAAGUUUGAUACCCAUAUUCCCCCAAAUUUUAUGGUUCCGCAAAUGUCCCCCUAUCGGAACACCCCCGGGGCCUCCGGCCACUCCAGGUCGUGGCCACUACUGCCGAAAUGUCAAAUUUCAUGUCCAAUAUCAAAAAUCCUAAAGUUUGAUA